AUGAAGAUCUUUUGUUUAAUUCUCUUCUUAAUCUCCUCCUUCAUCUCUACUUCUCUUGCCGUCGAACCUCCGCCUGAAACAAUCUACCAAAACUUUCUCCAAUGUUUCACAAACCAAACAAAAGCUCCUCCUAACUCAUUAGCCGACGUCGUUUUACCAAAAACCGCUGCCGCUUUCACCCCCGUCUUACGCGCUUACAUCCGUAACGCGCGUUUCAACACCACAGCGACUCCGAAACCCGCGAUCGUAAUCGCGGCGCGUUCCGAGAGUCACGUCCAAGCUGCCGUCAUCUGCACGAAAUCGCUAAACAUCCAACUGAAAACUCGAAGCGGUGGUCAUGACUACGAAGGUGUUUCCUACAUCUCUCACGUUCCUUUCUUCGUCCUCGACAUGUCAAAUCUCCGUAACAUCACCGUCGACCCCGCCACAGAGUCUGCAUGGGUCGGUGCCGGUGCAACACUCGGUGAAGUUUACUACAGGAUUUGGGAAAAAACCAAAAGUCAUGGAUUCCCCGCCGGAGUUUGUCCCACGGUUGGAGCCGGAGGUCACAUUAGCGGUGGUGGCUACGGAAACAUGAUCCGAAAAUACGGACUCUCCGUUGAUUACGUCACCGACGCCAAAAUCGUUGAUGUUAAUGGACAGGUUCUUGAUCGGAAAGGAAUGGGAGAAGACAUGUUUUGGGCCAUUAACGGUGGAGGCGGUGCUAGCUUCGGUGUUAUCCUAGCUUUCAAGAUCAAACUCGUCCCUGUUCCACCGACCGUAACCGUUUUCAGAGUAGAGAAAAACUUAGUCGAAAAUGCUACUGAAAUGGUUCAUAAAUGGCAAUUUGUUGCACCCAAGACCGAUCCAGGUCUAUUCAUGAGGCUAUUGUUGCAGCCGGUGACUAGGAAUAAAAUGCAAACGGUUCGAGCAUCGGUUGUGGCUCUCUUCUUGGGGGACCAAAACACUGUUAUGUCUAUGCUAACCAAAGAAUUCCCGGAGCUUGGUUUGAAGAAGGAGAACUGCACGGAGAUGACUUGGAUACAGUCGGUGAUGUGGUGGGCAAACAACGAUAACGCUACGCAGAUUAAACCGGAGAUUCUACUGGACCGAAACCCUGAUAUGGCGACUUUCGGGAAAAGGAAAUCUGAUUUCGUUGAGAAAGAGAUCACUAAAGAUGGUUUAGAUUUCUUGUUCAAGAAAAUGAUUGAAGUUGGGAAGAUAGGGUUAGUGUUUAAUCCUUACGGAGGGAUAAUGAGUACGGUGGCUACAACGAAGACACCAUUCCCACAUAGGAAGAAGCUUUACAAAAUCCAGCAUUCGAUGAACUGGAAAGAUCCGGGAACCGAAGCGGAAACCAGUUUCUUGCAGAAGGCGAAAAGCUUUUAUAGCUACAUGGCUCCUUUUGUGACCAAGAACCCUAGACACACUUAUAUCAAUUACAGGGAUCUGGAUAUUGGAGUUAAUACCCCUGGCCCAAACAGUUACAGAGUAGCAGAGGUUUUCGGGAGGAUGUAUUUCGGUGAAAAUUUUGAUCGGUUGGUGAAAGUGAAAACUGCUGUGGAUCCGCAAAAUUUCUUCAGAGACGAACAGAGUAUACCUACCUUGCCUGGCAAGCCAGCUAGGCGUUAGUUUGUGUAGUCACCUUACUUGGUUCCCUUUGAUUUCCUUAACCACAAUGUAAAAUAUGUAUGCUAUCUGAAAAAUGAUAUUUCCUUUUUG